AUGGUCAAAGAGCUUAUGCACAGUCACAGGUGUGUACUUUGUUUUAGAGUUACUCUCAUUAGAGCAGUGAAAGAGUACACAACAAACAACAAAUCAAUAUCACAAGAAGCUAGAACAAAAUUUCCACAAAUUAAAGAGGCCAGUGAACGUGGUAUCUUAAAGUUGAAAUAUAUUGAAGAUCAAUCAUCAACUCAUGAUAAAUUAUUAGAAGCAUUAUCAAAAUCAGAAGAUGUAUUAAAACCAUUCUUAUUAGCAUGUGAUACAAAGAAUCAAAAAAUGAUUUCAAUUUCGAUUGGAUCAAUAUUAAAGCUUAUCAGUCAAUCUGUUGUUUCAAUAUCAACAUUACCAUUAAUAUUGGCAAAGAUGACAAUGUUGGUAGAUGUAGGAUCAGAAGAACAAGUUCAACUUAAAGUUUUGCAAGGAUUGCUCAUUCUUAUUACUACACUUCAUGACAUUCAUGAUGAUUUACUUGCACAAUGCUUGGUAUUAUGUUUUAGAUUGCAUUCGUCAAAGAAUAGUUCCAUUCAACAUACUUCAUAUGCAACACUACCCCAAAUCAUUCGUAUUAUUUUUGAUCGUGUUCGUCAUGAAUUGCAAGAUCAAUUGCCGCCAGAUUCAACAAGUUUAUCUGGUAGUAACAAGGGUAUUUCAUCAUCUCCUUCUGAUUCAUCACCACAAUUACAAUCAAUUUCACCAAAUAUUAAUCUAGCCAACAAUGAAACAAGUUCAAGUCAAGAUACUGUUUCUGUCGAUCCAUCAUCAUCAUCCACAAAUUCACCCAUUUUGAUGAAAAAAAGCUCAAGUGCAGUUGAAUUACAAAAUGAUAAAAAUGGAGUGCCCUCAAGCUUGAAACCUUGUACCCGUGACGCGUAUUUAUUAUUAGAAGAUUUAUGUCAUAUUACAGGUGGAGAUAAUCCAACUUGGUUACCACCAACUACUACCAUUGCUAGAUCAACUGGAUUGGAAUUAAUUGAAAUGAUUAUUUCGGUCAAUCAAAAAUUAUUCAUUCAUUUGGAAGAAUUUAAAUUUCUAUUAAAAGAUCGAGUUUGUCCAUUGUUGAUCAAAAGUUUCAAAUUCAAAAUGGAUUUUGGGCAUACAGUUAGAUUGAUGAGAGUGAUUACUCAAUAUAUAUCCAAAUAUGCUAGUAUUAUGGUUACAGAAUCAGAUGUAUUAUUGACCAAAACGAUUCGUAUGAUGGAAAGCGAUAAUCCAAUCUGGAUGCAAGUCUUGGCAUUAGAGUCAUUGAAAACCUAUACUGAAGAUCCUGCAAUACUUAGGCUCUUUUUCAGAAACUAUGACAAGGAUAACAAUGCAGCCAAGAUAUUUGAAAAUCUUGCAAGUUGUAUUGGAAAAUAUGUUCAAAAUUUAUAUCAUCUAGAUUCUUCUCAUUAUGUUUUGGUUAAUACUUCAAAAAAUCGUUGGAUGGAUUUAUUAAAUAGAGAUGAAUCUCCAAUAGUUAAAGACAAUUAUAUUAUAUCAAUAUGUACAGAAAGCAUAACUGGUAUAGUAAAUGCAGUAUCAGAGAUUAAUAAUCCAGAGCUCAGUGGAGAAAGAGAUGAAAUUUUUCCACAAAUGGCAAAUUCCUGUUGGGUCAGCAUAUUGGGUGCCAUUUCAAUGUUGUUGAGUAAAGCCAAUGAUGAAACUCUUAUUCAAAUUGUUUUAAAAUCGUUACAAUCAUUUACCAAUACCUGUGGUGAAUUACAUCUCAGUGCUCCACGUGAUGCUCUCCUCACUUGUCUCUGUAAAACAGCGAUGCCAACUUCGUUGAAUAGUCCCUACUAUGGUAGUAGUGGCGAGCCGAGGGAAGAGACAGAAAAAAAGGAUAAAGAAAAAGAUGAAACCAACAAGGACGAUGGAGAUCAACAGGCAUCAUCAAACGGAACCAACACUCUCUAUGCCCAACCAACCAUUAAAAACUUUUUAUCUCUAAAGACACUAUUAAAUAUUGCUCAUUGCAUGGGUGGUGUCCUAGAUGAAACUUGGCUAUUGGUUCUAGAGACAUUGGAGAUUUGGGAUAAAGUAUUAAAGACUAUGAACCAAACACUUCAACAAGAUGACCGUCCCAAUAACAAUACCAAUAUUGGCAACAGCAACAACAAUAUUUCAAGCAACAGUGUUUCUAGCUCUCCUCGCCCCAUCGGACAAGGUGAAAUUCCAAUAUUAAUGACUGCUAUGAAUAGUUUAUUCAAAUCAAGUUAUCAACUAGAUGACAGAUCGAUAAACUAUUUAUUUGAAGCACUCAGUAAACUUUGUACAAAUUCUUUAUCAAAAUCUUCUUUUGUUAAUUCGCCAACAAAUUUAUUUAGUAUUAGUAAAUUGGUAGAAGCAUCAUUAUCAAAUAUAUCAAGAAUUGACAAAUUAUGGCCAUUGGUAUCACAUCAUUUAAUAGAAACUGUAAACUUUAAGAAUACCUAUGUCAGAGCAUUUGGAGUCGACUCUUUGACUCAAAUUAUAAAGAAUGCAUUGUCAUUGUCAUCAUUUCCAAUGACCGAUAUUGGCGCUGAUGAAUAUGGUGGUAGAAUUGAAGGAGGAGAAAAAACAGAAGGAACCAACUCUGGCACCCCACCAAAGAAAUUUAGAUCUUGGGACGUUGAAAAAUUACAAGAAAGAAUCUUGGAAUCUAUUCAUCAAAUUUUAUCAGUUUCAGGUCAAAUUUUAACAACAUCAUGGCCAAUAUUAUUAUCAAUAUUAUUAAGAGUAGCACAUAAUAAUGAAAAACAAUAUAUAACGAUAGCAUUUGAAAGUUUAAAGUUGAUAUGUAAUGAAUUCCUUUCAAAUCUUUCGCCAAGUUGUUUGGUAAUGGUUAUUGAAGUGGUUUGCUCGUUUGUAUCGCAAAAGUCAGAUAUCAAUAUUUCAUUGUCAGCCUCAUCUGGUCUCUUGUCUGAUUUGACAUAUUUCUUGGCCAACGAGAAUGCAUUGUCAAAUUCAAAGUUCAAACUAGAAGAGGAACAACAAAAGGAUUUGCUUCAACAACAACAACAACAAGAAUCAGAUUUUAUCCUACCUCCAAGGGUACCAGGUAGAAUUAGAUUAACAAUCCCCUCUUCAUCACCUUACUUUCUCGACAAGGAUCGUAACCUAAUGAGUAGAAUGUGGUUGUGUGCGUUUACUUCAAUGAAGGUACUAUGCAUUGAUCCUCGCCCUGCCAUCAGAAAUGGUGUAAUCGUAUCACUUUUCCAAACUUUGGCCACAUCUUUACAUUUAUUAGAAAAGGAUUUAAUAGAUUUAAUAUUAUGGAGAAUUUUAUUCCCAUUGGUUGAUGAAGUUAAAUUAUGUUCUGAACAAGCAGAUAAAGAAAGAAUUGAUUCAGAUUUGGGUGGUGGUGUCAUGUUACUCGUACAUCAUAGUAGAAAUACAGCACAAAAACAAUGGGAUGAAACCCAAGUAUUACCAAUUGGAAGAAUGGUUAUAGUUUUCAAAACUUUUUUCGAUACAUUGAGAACUUUAUCAACCUUUACACAAGCAUGGGAAAAGUUAUUAAAUAUAUUAGAAACUGAAUCAAAAUCUUCUAGCAAAGAGGUAUCAAUGGCAUCAAUUUCCUCGUUGCAUGAAAUUGUAAAUUCUCCCAUUACCGAUAUUUCACAUCCAGAAAUCACAGAGUCAGUUUGGGAUUGUCUUUUGAGACUAUCAGUAAAAUUAACAGAUCAAACCAAUCCCGUUCCAAAAUCUCUCUCUGUCUAUAUCAAAGUAUUCCUCGACUUUUACAACAAGACAAAGUCAGCAAUGGAUAGUAGACAAAUUAUCAGAGUACUCCAAAUUCUUUAUCCUUUGGGUUUAUCUGAAUUAACAAAUCCACAAAUCCAUACCUUACAAUUAUUAAAAACUUUUCCCCCAAUAUCAGAGGAUAUAUUCCCAAUAUUAAUUACAAUGUUGUUAAAAUAUGUAUCGAUUGGUAUAAAUUUUGAAUAUUCACCAUCAAAUUGUUCUGUCAUUUUUCCACCAGUUGUAAUUACCAAAGACUUGGUCUAUUAUUCUCCAAUGACUGAAAAAUCAAUCGAUCUCAUUUCGGAGCUUUUCCUCCACCCUACAACAACCACUACAAUGAGGGCUUCAAUCUAUGAAGAUAUUUUAAAGGUUUUUGGUGCUUCCAUGUUGACAAAGUUUACAAAAUAUCAUUCAAAUAUUUGGAAGAUAUCUGUAACAAAUUUAAUUAAAAUAUUACCAAAAGGUUUACUAUCGAUUAAUCAAGAUACACAACUAUUAAAUUCUAUAAAGAGAAACAUAAUAUGGACAGAGUUGAUAGAUUCAAUUCAAACCUUUAUCCUACAUGAAAGAACUGCUCAAAAUACACCAAACUCGUCAGAGAAACGAUCAGAGGAGGAUAAAUUUGAUAUAGACAUUAUCAAUGCUCUUUCCAGCGAGAUGGUAGGAUUCUCGGGAAUAAAUGUAGAAAGAGUUUCCAUUAUUCGUGAUCGCUUGGUGGAGAUACUAAACGAAGGAUCAAUGCUAUACAACACUGGACGAGAGAAGCUAUCUCAAUCAUGUUAUCAAAACAUGUUUUCGAUUUGUUCAAAGGCCGAUCCAUCAAAUCAAGAGAGCAUCGAAAUUGCAAAAACCAUACUCCCCGUUAUUCUCAAACGAUGUCGUGAAGUACUCCAACACUUUGUGGUUGACGAAAAACAAAGUGGUCAAUUCCCUCUCUCGAGAACAAGACUCUCAGAGGUAUCUUUUGUUCUCAAAGAAAUAAGAGAUCUCCAAUUACAGCCAGGAAUAUAUCAACAACAAAUUGGUGGAAAAUCAAACAACAAUAUAAUAGAAAUGGGUGGCAAACGCCCUCAUCUCUUGGAGCUGUUUGGUAUCAUUAGCGAUUGUAUUUGUACAUCUGAAAAGGAAAUUAAAGAAUUAUUGCGGUCAAUAUUUUCAAUCAUUGGUACAGAAUUCUUAAACAUUAAUUAA